AUGAAAAGUUUAAAUUACCGAUUUCCUCAUUCAAGACAGGAUUCUGGAUAAAUGAACAUAGUUAGAUCAUAAUUACCUUAAGGGUAAUAAGUGAUUAAUGUGUUAAAUAAGUAAGAAGUUAUGUAAAUCAAAAGCCGCUAAAAUGAAUAAAAUUGUGAUAGAUCACCUGCUCCUAUGGUACACGGUUUACAAAAAUUUGCAGUACCUUCUAGCUAAUAAUCAUCAGCAAAUCAUUCAAAGAAGUCUUCGAUUUCAAAAUAAUAGUAACCAAAAUAAAUAGGUUUUCUUAACUACUUGAUUCUUAAAGAUAAAUCAUAAAUUAUAUAAGAUGAAGAAAAAGAAAGUUAAGAAUUAUUUUUUAUAUUUAGAUAAUAAUGAAACUAUAGUUUAAAAGAAUAUGUUUAAUUUUUAAUUUGUAAUUGGUAUUGGUGGAUUUGGAAAAGUUUGGAAGGUGGAAUAUAAGAAAAAUGGUUAGAUAUAUGCAAUGAAAGAAAUGUCCAAAGCUUUGUAUAUUAUCUAUUUGUAUUUUAGAAUUAUUGCAAAAAAAAGUGUUAAUUCUGUUAUGAAUGAAAGAAAUAUAUUGAGUAAUCUAAAGCAUCCGUAAUUAUUUAAUCAAAUAUAGAUUUUUAGUUAACAUAUAUUAUGCAUUUUAAGACCGUGAAAAUCUUUUCUUGGUUUUAGAUUAUAUGUAAGGAGGAGAUCUAAGAUAUCAUAUUGGAAAAAUGAGAAGAUUCUCAGAAGAUCAAACAAGUAUCAAUUUAUUAAAAACAUAGGAUUUUUUAUGGCUUGCAUAUUUUUAGGAUUAGAAUAUAUGCAUUCUAAAAAUAGUCUUCAUAGAGAUAUCAAACCAGAAAAUUUAGUACUUGAUAAAAAUGGUAAUAUAUCGAAAAAUAUAUUUUAGGUUAUAUUAGAAUAACUGAUCUUGGAAUAGCUAGAAUUUAAAGGCCUGAUAACGCUUAAGAUACAUCAGGUACUCCUGGAUAUAUGGGUAUGAUUUUUGAGUAAAUUUUGUUAGCACCUGAAGUAAUGUGUAGAUAAAACCAUUCUUUUGCUGUAGAUUACUUUGCUUUGGGAGUUAUUGGAUAUGAAUUUAUGUUGGGAAAAGUAAAAUUUUUUUUUCAUAAAUAGAGACCUUAUACUGGUAGAUCAAGAAAGGAAAUAAGAGAUUAGAUUCUUGCAAAAUAAGUUCAAAUAAAAAGGUCUGAGAUUCCUGAUAAUUGGUCAUUAGAAUCUGCAGAUUUUAUAAAUAGAGUACAUUUCAUAAUAUAUAAAUUUAAAAGUUAAUAUAAAGAAAGCCUGCAAAUAGAUUGGGAUUUAAUGGUCCUCAUGAAUUGAGAUAACAUUCCUGGUUCAAGAAUUUUCCAUGGUAGAAAUUAAUGAAUAAAGAAUUGAAAUCUCCAUAUAUUCCUAAUGUAUUAAAAGUUUAAAUAAUUUAGUAAAACGAAGAUAAUUUUGAUGCUAGAUAAAUAUCAAUUGAGGAUGAUGAAAAUAAUGAGCUUAUUUAAUAGCAUUCAAUUAUGUUAAGAAGAAAUUCAAUACAAUGUAUAAUUGUUUCAUAUAAAAAUAGCUUAAUUUUCUGGAUAUGAAAUGGAUAAUUUUAGUGAUAAAUAGAAUACAUAGUUUAAUAAUUUUUGA